AUGAUCGUGCGUGAAAAGAACGGAUAUACAGUUCAGCACUUGGAUGUUUGGGGUAUUGUUGAUGGUGUCGAGAAGAUCAUUGUUCCAAACGCUACCUGUUAUGUUGGUCGCAGUGAUAACCCAGCAUUUGUUGGAUCGGAACCUGUUCCUAUACUUGCAAAGAAAAUCUGGGAAUCGUCAGGGCCGUCAGGGCCAAAUAAGGAAUACCUCUAUGAGUUGGCCCGCGCUGUGCGGGAGCUCGCCCCCGAGAGCCAUGACAGCCAUCUAUCCGCACUCGAAGCGUACGUUCGGCGGCUCGACGAACAAUCGGAUGAAUAG